GUCGUUAAUGUCUUCCAUUUCCGGCGUCGAAUGAGAUCGUGAAAUUGUAAUUGUUGCGCAAUUUAUUGUGCGUCUCGACAAAGUAAUCCGGCGUCGAAAAGUAAAUAAUAAUAUAACAGAUAUCCGCGAUAGUCUUCAAAUAAAACUCCUUCGGUUGCUCCAAAAAACUUGUUUAUAAACAUUGACAACAUGGAGUUUAUUAAAGAAGUCGAGCAGCUAAAGGAAUUAGCUCAGCAGUGCAUAAAGAAUCCAUCUCUUUUACAUGAUCCGAAAUUAUCCUCUAUCAAAAACCUGAUAGAACAUUAUGGCGGCAAGAUACCAGAAACUAAAGCCAAUGAUUCAUCAGAUUCCAAAAGUGAAUUUAAAAGCGAACCUGCAGAAUCGCAGCCUGAUUCUCAAUCUGAGAGUGAGGAGAGUGACUUGGAAUUGGAUAUGACUGGUGUAAUUGAGCCAGAUAAUGAUCCUCCUCAGAAAAUGGGAAAUCUAACUUUAAAACCCACAGAAGAAGAAAUUGCGGAGUCACAGGCAAAGAGAUCCGAAGCAGUUUCUGCAUUUAUGGAAAAAGACUAUGAAAAAGCUAUACAACUUUACACAGAAGCUAUCGUAUUGAAUCCUCAUGCAGCUUUAUUAUAUGCCAAACGAGGUCAAAUUUUUCUGCUAUUGAACAAACCGAAUGCCUGCAUUCGUGACUGCGAUCGUGCUAUAGAAUUAAACCCGGACAGCGCAGCGGCUUACAAAUUCAGAGGAAGGGCUUAUAGUUUACUUGGACAGUUCGAGAAAGCGGUGAUCGAUCUGAGAUUAGCUUCCAAGCUUGAUUUCGAUGAGCAAUUGGACGAAUGGCUUCGAGAGAUUACGCCGAAUGCGCGAAAGAUAGAAGAGCACAAGAGAAAGAAGGAGCGAUUGGCGCAAGAAAAAUUGGAGCGCGAGAAGCAGGAAAGAUUACGAAAAGCCAAAGCUCGCGAGGAAAAUACGCGACCUUCUCAGACGGAGCAUCCUGGCAAUCCAUCCCCCGGAGAUUUCUAUCAAUUCCUCAAAGAUCCUGACGUACUUCAAACUUUUCAGGAUCCGGAAGUAGCCGAGGCCUUCAAGGAGAUCUCUACAAAUCCGGCAAAUGUUCUCAAAUAUCAAAAUAAUCCCAAGAUAAUGGCUCUUAUCAAUAGGAUGGCUUCGAAAUUCGGCGGUGUUGGUGGCAUGCCGGGCAGCAUGCCCGGUUUUCCCGGUGCCGGGGCGGGACAUCCCAAUCCCCCGAAACCGGCCCCUCAGGAUGACGUUGGCCUCGAUUAAUCGCGAUCUUAUCGCUUCUAUCCUUACAAUAAAUGCAUCUUGGUUAAUUGAUUCAUUAAAGGCUGAUUUGCGUUUAGUUACUCUUUUUUCAUGUUGCGUCAAAUUGCGCUAAAAAGGGUUUAUUGUGAAAAUAAUUUACAGUUUAAGAGAUCGAUUAUAUAAAUAUAGGAUUAAUCUUAGGAUUAAUUCUAGCAUCAGUAUAAUAUUGAAGACUUUUUGCAUUUGAUUUCAGUUACUGUUCUUGUUGUAGAUGAAAUCUCCAAUCCGAUUAUAGACUAUAUAUAUUAUCUAAUUUAUAUUUCUUGUAUUUAAAUUAAUUAUUUUUUAUUGUAUUUUUUUACAAUUUAUUAUUAAUUAAUUAAAAAAUUACUUAUUUCUUAUGUUUGAAAAAGAAUUUAUAUUAAAAUGUAAUCGCGCGUCGAGAAUGAAAUAUGAAACGAACGCCUUUAAUGGAUUAAGUGCAAUUAUUAUUUGUUUAUAUUGCUUUGCAUACAGAGGAGUAUAUGUAUAUGUAAAGUCAGAAUUUAUUACAAACAACAAGUAUAUCAGUAAUACGUUUAUAUCUUCGAAAGAGCUUUUAUUGUGGAUCAAUAUAGUUUGUUAUACAUUACAAAGCGCUCUUCGCGCGUUUUCUAAGAAGAAAAAUUUCGUCGUGUGUGUGUGUGUGUGUGUAUUUCAUUACCUAAUGCUCCUAUUGAUCUUACUCUGUCAUAUUGUUAUUAACAGUUUCCCAAAAGCAGGUAUGCUCUCGAAAUAACGCCAAGUAUUUAGCCGACUCGCAAGAUCGACGUAACAAAUCUUUAGAGUUGACUACAUAUAGUCAUUGACAUUUUAUUCUCAACAUUUAUCAUAUUUAAUAUCUAUAUGUUUCAGUGCCAUAUAUUAAGGUAUGUAUUUUAGUUAAUUUGAUAUUGUCGAGUUCCUUAAUUACAAUAACUCGAGAUAAAUAACUUCUCGUAAUGAUGGUUUGCAAAAUGAAAAAUUUAACAAAAUAGAAAUUAUAUUUAUCACUAUUAUAUCAUCAAUAUCCUUGUAACUCGCUCGUAACUUAAUGAUGGAAUGAAAUCGGCACUGCCCUGCUAUUUUUUCAUCCAAGAGAUGAUAUAAUUAUACGUUGAUAAGAUAAAACACUAAAUACGAAAAUAAAAUACCACUUUGUACGUGAGAUAGAUAUAAACCGUCACGCGAUGAGUACUUAUAAGGAAUUCAAAUAAUACGACCUAAUAUUCUACAAGAAAGCUAGGCGGCAGAACUCCAUUCAUCAGGAUCAUAUUUUAAGAAGGGAUUCGACAAAUCGAGCUUUCACCGGAAGUCUUAUAUAAAAUACAAUAAUUGAUAGUUUUUUAAGUUCACAAGUACAUUAUCAUAAUUAACGAAAUAUGAAAAUAUAAUUGUCGUUUUUGCAGAUAAAUAAUCUUAAAAAUGAAUAAUCUUUAGGAUCUCGGAGAAAUGAUUACAGACAAUAUUAUUCGAUUAAUAAAUAUUGAUGGCGUAUUUACUAAACAUAUUUUUGCAUAAACUAUUAAUCGAGUAGAUAUUAAUCUUCUCUCUGCACGAUGAAUUAUAUCGUAUCUAUGUUGGUAUAAGAUUAUUUUGCGCAAUAUUUAACUCUGAUUAUGUACUAAUAUAAUCUUAAUUAUUUGAAAUAAUGCGUAAACAUGGCGAGAAAAUGGGAAGAAGGGAACCCUUAUUAAAGGAUUUUGCUUAGAUUAUAUCUCAUAUACAUAAUUAUAUAUCUUUAGAUUAUUCCAAUAAACGGAGUUCUACCGAGGAUUCUGUUGCGUGUGUUAUCCUCUGUCAGAUCUAUAUAUAUAUAUAUAUAAUGUUUGCAAUAAAUAUAUACAAAAAUA